CACUAUAUAAUCUUACGAAGGACCCUCAUUCAGAAGCAGUGAUCAGAGAAAAAUCGCUGCUACGACUGAGAAAAGAGACAUCUAUUUCGACAUUCGAACACAAUCCCAGCAAGACGCCAGUAUACGUUUGGAUUUCUGUUCGUAGAAAUAUCACGGGCGUUAGCUGUUUGCCAAAAUUACGACCCUAGCUGUUAGAAAAACGUAUCGCACUUAUUGGAAGGCUAUAUCUCCAGCUAGCUAGCUGGCUAACUAGCCAUAGAGCUAGUUUAGCUAGCAAACGUAGCUAGCAUCUGAGUCGGCUUCAAACUGUUUCUAAACAACCAGGUCAACUACUAGAGUCUUAGAAGUUAUACAUUGGUUUAGCCCCCUCAAAGAGUCAUGGAAAAGGAUGCUUGUGUAGAGGGGCAGGAGAAUGGUGACACAGUGGUGGUGAAAGACCAGGUGGUCAAGGAAUCAACAGGACCAUCCCCUUACAGAUACACCAAGGAGGAGCUUUUGGAGAUAAAAGAUUUCCCAAUCUCUUAUGAAAGGCCAGACUGUCUUUCUGAAAAAUAUGACAGUGAUGGUGUUUGGGACCCCGAGAAGUGGCAUGCCUCGUUGUACCCCACCUCAGAGUGCAGCUCUCCUGUGGAUGGAUAUAAGAAGGACUUUGUGGAUGAUAGGGUCCCUCUAAAACGUAGAAUUGCAGAUCCCCGCGAGCGACUAAAGGAGGAUGACCUGGAUGUGGUGCUCAGCCCCCAACGUCGUAGCUUUGGAGGGGGGUGCGUAGGCAAUGCUUUGCCUGCACCCACCCGCCGCCCCGUCAGCCCUCUGGAGAAUAAGGAGAACGAGAGUCUCCGGCUGGGUGGGGCGCGGCGCAUCGGCAGCGGCCGCAUCAUGGCGGCGCGAGGCUUUGAGAGGGAACCCCGCAUGGAGAAGGAACGGGACUUCAAGGAUAAGAGGUUCAGGCGAGACUUUGGGGACAAGCGUGUGUUCAGUGAGAGGAGAAGGAAUGACACAGAGGAGGAGCCGGAGUGGUUCUCAGGGGGCCCAACCAGCCAAUCAGAGACUAUAGAGCUCAUUGGCUUUGACGACAAGAUCCUGGAGGAGGACAAGCGCAGACCUAAACGGUCCAGGAAGAGGACUGACUCUGUGAGAGAAGUGGAAUGUAAUGGUGGGCUUGUGGAGGAGCCAGAGCAGGUGGAAAAAGAGUCUCACUCUACAGCAGACCAGGAGGUCCCACACCCAGCGGUCCUCCCAGAGCAGACUUCUGGAGACUUUGACUUCAAUGAGUUCUUCAAUCUGGAGAAGACCAUGCCAGGACUGGCCUCUGUAAGUCCUGGGGAGCACUGCAUGUUUAAGAUGAUAGAGGAUGUUCUGGGGGAGGGCCCUGUUUCGGCCAGCCGUUUCAGCCAGUGGUUCUCCAGUAACCUGAGUCCGUCAGGCAGCCGCUCCUCCAGCCUGCGCUCCACCCCCCACGAGGAGCUGGAGAGACUGGCUGGGCAGGACCCCCGCUGCACGUCCCCUAGCCAGAUGGGCCCUGUCCCCUACUUCACCCCCAUCCAGUCAGUGGAUCACCGGGACAAGGUGGACAUUCUGGAGCUGUUACACAAGGCCAAGAUAGACCUGAAGCCUCUCCUCUCCAACCUCAAUGUCAAUAAGCAACGACUACAGCAGAGCACUAACUCUGGUGUAGUGCUCUCUCUGGAGGAGGUGGAGGGAGGCCUGAAGGGGCUAAAGGUGGGCUCUGAGCAGAACCACCAGCACCAGGCUCAUCGGAAACCCCAUCAGCACCAGAAUCUGCAUCGGGGAGGAAUCAUCAGAGGCAGCACCAGCAGUGGCACGCCCUUCAUGGCUGAGCACUUGGAGCAGUCUCUAACAGGCGGUGUAGGCCCCAGUGCAGGGCCCCCUAGGUCACAGGCCAGAGACCCUGACAUGUCAGCCUUCAACAAGCUGGUCAGCAGCAUGAAGGCAAGUGGAACUCUGCCCACCCACCCCAAAGCCAACCAAGUGAACAGCAACCUCAAUCGGCCCACAGACCCUGCUAUAGUGCCCCUGCCUGAAGCCACAGUGCCUGCCCCACUGCAGAAGAACAUAUUCCAGGAGCUUCUGGGUGCCCAGGGCCCUCCCCGUAGCGGCUCCCCUACCCUCCACAGCGUUCUAGGCAGCACUGACAUCCCUCCACCCCCUGGGCCUGGUCUUCAACACAGCCUGCUGCAGCACAGGGGGCCCUCGCCUCCACUCUUCCUACAGAGGGCUCCUUUGCCUGACUACUUCCAUGGACGCAUGCGGCCACCCGCUGGGUACCCUGUUGGUCCACAGCCCAUGAUGGGAGAGCAGUUCCCAGAUAUGCAUAGAUCCCUCAGCCCUGGACAUGGACCCACCCUACACCAGCAACAACAGAUGAGGGCGCUGUCCAUGGCUGUGGACCAGGCUGAACUGGAGGCUCUUAUCCAGCAGGACCUUGCUCUCCAUGCCCACAACGCCUUCCAGACCGGUUACAACAAACGGCCUCCGAACAAGGCCUACCAACACAACAGGAUGAACGGAUCCCUUGGUCCAGGCACUUAUCCUGCAGGCAGACACUCCCCUGGCAACACAGUCACCAGCAUGCUGUCACCAUCUUUCGUGCCCACGUCUGUGAUCCGUAAGAUGUACGAGACGAAAGAGAAGAGUCGAGAUGAGCCAGGUAGUCGUCCAGACAGCAAGGAGGGCCACUCUCAAGAGGACAGGAGCUCUCCCAGCUCUUUCCUGGAUGGGAUGGGUAAUAGUGGUUCUCAGUCGGGAGGGGUGAAAGCCUCCCAGGUUCGCCAGCACGCCAAGGACCACGAGGACCGCCCCAGGCCAGGCUCCGCCGGGCACCACACCCCCACCCUGGUGUCCCCUGGGUCGGCCUCUCCCUUCCCCUGCCCCAUCUACCCGAUACCACUGCUAUCCCACGGACAUGUGCCCAUGGUGCGCCCCCCUCCGCCCCAGCUCCACCCCAGCCUCGUGCAGAGGAUGCUGGUGCAGGGCAUCCAGCCACAGCAGCGAGGCCCUGCUCUGAUGCAGGCAGGCAUAUUUCCGCAGCAUGUUGACCUCGCUCAGCGUCAGAGUUUACCGCCUUCCCUGCUAGGACAACCCCUCUACCCCCUAGGGGCGACAGGACACCCCCUCUUACCUCCCCGAGCCAGCAAUCAUAUGCAGCUAGCGCUAAUGCAACAGCAACAACCGAGACCAAUGCAUCCAACAGUCCCAGGCCACGAGUCGCAGAACCACGGCCCUCACCGGACGAGCCACUCCCAGCGACAUGGGGGUAGCCUCACUGGUGUGGGGGGAGCUGGUCUGUCCAAGUGGUUUGGCUCAGAUGUGCUGCAGCAGCCCCUUCCUUCCAUGCCUGCUAAGGUCAUAAGUGUAGAUGAACUGGAGUUUAGGCCCUGAGGAGAGUUUCAUACAACCAGAAUGCUGGAUAAAGCAAUACUUUAUUUUCCACCUCCCCAUUAAUGAAAAAUGUGAACUUUAAUUUUCUAAGACUAAGCACAGAUCCUGGAGAAUGAAGAGUCUGUGUCCAUGUUUUGUCUUAAACCUUGAAGUCACUGGUAGAGUAUUGAAGAGACCUACACUUAAAGGGAAAGACUACGAGUUCUAUAUAUUUUCUUUUUUUGCAACAUGUUUUGGGGUCUUUGUUUUUGUACCUUUUUUUGCAGUAAAGAUGAAGUAAAUAAUUUCUAGGCCCAAAAUUGUACAGACUAGGAAUGGAUCUGAUUCUACCUGUACAUAAAUGAAUUUUUCUUUUUUCUUGAAGGUUGUAUCUUGCUGUUUAAGUGAGAACUGCCGCAGUCAGACAUAAUUGAGCCGCGAAGAGAGGGUAGCUGCGCUUCUUUGUGUCCUGGUAGUUUUAUUCCCCCCCACAUGGAUUUGAACUGCACUGAGAAAGGGGCGACUGCAAGUUCAAUACCUAUGUUUGAUUGUGCAGUUGCCCUGAGCGUUCCCCCUCAAACGAUGUCCUCCCUACGGCUGGGUCAGUUGGUGGCACUGCCUGCCAUCUGUCUGGAGAGGAGAGGUGGCUGGAGUGUUACAGGACGCCCCAGGGGGAACAGCAAGUGCUGGUUGUGCCUUUCUCUGUGACUCUCAAUCUUUCUGUGAUUCCUUACAUCCCAUCUGCUCGCUUGCCUCCUUUUCAACAGUAUUGGAGGAGAAGGUGUAAGGAAUUGAGGAAAGAUUUGAGCCCACAGCUUUUUUUCUUUACCGCAUCCCCCCUCCGCCAGUCACUGGAACAGAAGCACUUCUGAAUCACGUUAUCACAUUUGGGGGUGGGUGGUAGAGAUUCGGUUUAUGGUAAUGUGCUAUUAAGUUAUGAAAGCACAGAAUAAAUCAAAUGUUCAAUAAAAAAAUUAAUCACAA